AUGGAAGAAGAUAAUGAAUGGGUUGAUACCAAUGAAGGCUGGGAGGAUGAAGACAAGGGCUCAGAGGCAGAGGAGGAAGAGGUGUCAGGGGAACCCCUGCUUUCGUCCGAUCAUCAUGGGAUCUUGCAUGUGACCGCGCACGCGCCAUCUGUCAGGCAUCACAUGCUUUGGACUCUGAGAUCGGGCCUCGAGGUUGCCCUUACAGCAGAAACCGAGUUCCUAGGGAUAACUGGACAAGCUUGUGAAGACCGUCGACAGCAUCAUCUGCUUCUCACUUCCAACCUUGUCCCCUCCUCCCCCUCUGCGACCAGCAUGUCCCACAUGGAAGAAGAGGACGACCCCUCCCACCCCCAACAAAGGCUUGCAAAUCUGGAGGAAGCUAUGCAACGAAUGGAGGGCCUCCUCCAUAACCUAAUCAUCAGCCAGCAACAAACUCCCCCUGCCCCUGCCCCUGCUCCGUCUCCGGCAGUGGGUCCAGGCGUACCAACUGGCCAACAAGCCAGCCCGAGACCCCUCAUCCGCCCAAACCCCCCAUUCGCAUUCGACGGGGAUCGCACCCAGGGCAAGACGUUUCUGCAUUCCGUCAAGCAGUACUGGCGGCUCCUCCCCGAGGCCUUCCAUGUGAACGGGGUAGUGUCAGAAGAACGGGUGGUACGUUUCGCCCUCUCCUACAUGUCCAAGGAUUUGGCAGCCUCCUGGUCGGAGCGUAUGUCGGAACGCCUUGUCUUCCCAUUUCCGACCUGGUCCUCCUUUGUUGCCGAGUUCAAACUCCGGUUCGUCGAGGAGAACGAGCAAGACCACGCCCUGGCACGACUGGAAACCCACGCCUACUACAUGGGAUCCCGCGACGUGUUCAAAUACACAGACGAGUUCGAUGACCUCCUCGACCUGGCAGGGUACUCCGACAACCUGGUCAAGGUCACCAAGUACCGGGCGGGUCUUGACCCCAGGAUCAACCAAGCAAUUACGACCUCCGGAAACCCACCCAGUCUCACGAACUACUCGGAGUGGCGCACCCGUGCGUUCCGCCAGUACAACGCAGAGGCGGCUGCCCGGGCUGCGCGAGGGCAGACGUUUCCUCCCCCCCGCGCCCCACUUCCUGCGGCCCCCCGGCCUCGUCCCCCCCGGCAAUCCUCCCACCGGGCAUUCCCAUGGAGAUUGACCGCACCCGAGCCUGCGGCGGCGUUCGCCGCACCUGCUUCCGAUGCGGCAGCCCCGGACAUCUGGCCCGGGACUGCCCGACCCCUGCCGAUGUCCGGCACGUCGAUGUCCUGGACGAAGUAA